AUGGCUCACACAGUCCCGUGGCACCUGCUGCGGACGUCGGCGCCGCUGCCGGCAGAGCUCGUGACGCAUCGGCUGAAGAGCUGUGACAGCGCGCCAGAGUACGCGGGCGGCGGGACUGGCCCUGCGAGAGGAGCGGCGGCGGCUGCUCCCGGCGCUGCCGCCGCCGCCGCCAGCGGCAUCGGCGGCGGCGGCGGCGGCGGUGGCGGCGGCGGCGGUGGCGGCGGCGGCGAGAGCGAGGUGGACGGCGAGCUCGUGAUGCUCACCAUGGCGCUGCGCAUCGCGCGCCGCAGCGCGCGCGGGCAGCCCGAGCUGCUCGACGCUCUCGGCGACGAGCUGGCGCUGCGGCAGACGGAGCUCACGUCGCGCGAGCGGCGGAUGGUGGCCAGCGCGUUCGCGUACCUCGGCCACGAGCAGCCACUGCACGCGGUGCAGGACAGCGGCGAGGAGUUCUUCGUCGGGUGACCACCCGCUGUGCGCUGAGCUCCAAUCUUGAGCGCGGUGUGUGUCGGCCAUGGGGGAGGCACAUGCAUCGUGUGGUGUGGUUAAGCGUAUUUUCGAUUCGAAA